AUGCUGGCACAGUCAAUUUUCAGAGCCACGGGGAUCAUCAAGGGUUUCAACAUCCCAACGGGAUUGUCUGGACUUUUACCUAGACUGGGAGAACAGAUUGGACUGGGCAUUCGACUCCGUCUGCCAGGACUUGGAUCAGAAGAAGCUGAGUCUAAAGUGUCAGAAGGAACAUACCUGGCAGCACCCAAAAAGAAGGUUUCACACAGAAAAAGACGUCAGAGACAACUGGCAGGAAACAAGCAGGUCAAAGAAAUCUUGAAUUUGAACAGAUGCCCGUCCUGUGGCCAUGUCAAAAGAGCACAUACCCUGUGUAUGAACUGUGUUAAGGAGAUCCAAAGAGUAUGGAAACUACGAGACAAGGCCGCUUCAGAGUCCAACACACCGGAAGGAUCGGUUUAUAGUGAUAAAGACAUUCCCGCAAUCGACCGACGAGUCCUCUAUCCCGGUAAGAGGCAAUCUGCAUAUGAUAAGAAGCUGAAGGACAAAGAAGAGUAUCUGUAUAGGCGGCCACGGACUCUUCCAUAUACAAAAUCAUCUUCAUCAUCCAAAUAG